GUGCUAUAAACUUAUCAGCGCUAAGCAAGAGAACUCAGUCGAUUUUUGAACUACGAACGCGAAAGUUACAUUCUACAAGUGAACGGUGUUUAGAACAAACCAAAGCCAAUAUUAUAUAAUAAUUUAUAUAUACAAGAGUAUAAAAAAAUACAACAAAAUGCAGUUCCUAAAACUCAUCACAUCUUUACUGCUGGCCAUUUUGCUGUUGGUUACACUAACCAAUGCUGCACCAGCGCCCGAAGAGGAUGGACCCUUCUGCCCUUGUCCACGUAACUACGAACCAGUAUGCGCUUCCAACAUGGUGACCUAUUCGAACCGUUGCAAUUACGAUUGUGUGCGUCGUGAUGUGGAACGCCGUGGACGCAGCCUGAAUCUGCUGCGCUCUGGACCCUGCUAAAUGUCGAAGAAAUGGUGUAUUGAAUUUCAAUGAAAUUUUGCAGAAAAAAAAUAAAAAUUAUUGUGAAUAAGAAAUAUUAAAAUUAACUGUACAUAUAACCCAAGAGCUAUGCGAAAGUGAUACCAAAUAAGAAAUAUAAUAAAUUAAAUGCUUAACUUGUGAAUAAAAGGCAUUGUUUAAUUUAAUCGAA